GGAAUCUAUAUAAUACCAACUCUCACAUAAAUAACUCAGUCAACUCGGUUCCUUCUCCAAAUUUCAAUCAAAAUUUAUCGUUGAAAACAGAAAAAAUACGAAGAUUUCAAGAAAAUGGGCGAUUGUAGACCGUUGGGUUUCUUGAUUGGAUUGCCAUUUGCUUUGAUUGCCUUGGUUUUAUCUCUUGUUGGUGCAGUCAUCUGGGUCAUCGGGACUAUAUUGAGUUGUUUAUGCCCAUGUUGUGUGUGUUGUGCGGGUCUGGCGAAUUUGGCAAUGAGCAUUGUAAAGCUUCCGAUUAAAGUUCUUAAAUGGUUUACUCAACAGAUUCCUUGUUAGAGAUUUUGUGAGAUUUAUGGGAUAAUUUUGUUGUUGUUAGGGUUUAUGUGUAGAUUGAUUAACAAUUUAAUGAUUUUUGUUCAUUAUUACAUUUAAUUUGUGUUAAUUAAUUUGUUUAGAGAUUGAAGCAUUGGAUAUUGAUGUCUCUAUUUAUUUGUUCAUUAAUUCAAGAUUCCUAAUUACUAAUUA